AUGUUCGUACGAGUGCAUGAGAGUCAACAUAGGAAAGGUUAUCGACCAGAGAACAUAAACAUUAACGGAAUCCCUAUCACCCCUGUCUCCAGUGAUGAAUACUAUAAGUAUCUCAGAAUUGGUGAAAAUGCUGCAUACGCUGGUGUUGCGUACUGCCCCUACCGUAUACGGAGACUUCAUUUCCCUCUCAAACUCAGCUUCGCCAUGACAAUUAACAAAGUACAAGGUCAAUCGCUGAAAGUUGUCGGAUCGGACCUUCGAACGUCGUGCUUUUCACAUGGACAGUUCUACAUCGUUUGUUCCAGAGCUGGCCAUCCAGACAGCUUACUCAUCUAUCCUCCUGAAGGAAAAACCAAAAAUGUUGUCUGCAAAGCAGCCCUACAAUAG